GCCGGACACGAAAGCUGUAGUUUACAACUCACCUUUCUUCUUCAACCUUCUUCUCCCAACAAAAGAAAACCAAAGACUAGUAAUCAAGAAGAAGAAACAGAGUUCUAACUUCUAAUGGAUCUGUGUUGUUGUUGUUGUUGUAGCACUAUUUAUUAUUAUGUUACUGCUGCUGCUAUUAUCACCUUUUUCUUGUCCUCUGCACCUUUCAGCAAUGCCCAACCCCUACCUCCUGAUUCUGGUUCACCUUCACCUCCACCUCCAUCUCCAUCUCUACUUCCAUCUCCAUCUCCAUCCCCAUCUCUGCCUCCAUCUCCAUCUCCACCUCUACCUCCAUCUCCAUCUCUAUCUCCACCUCUACCUCCAUCUCCACCUCUACCUCCAUCUCCAUCUUCAUCUCCAUCUCCAUUUCCAUCUCCAUCUCCAUCUCCGUCUCCAUCUCCAUCUCCUGCUAGUAUUGUUGCUCCUGCUCCAUCUUCACCAGCAGAUUCUUCUCAUAGAAAACCAAGGCAACUCCUAAGGAUCAUACUUGGGUCAAGUCUCGGAGCUUUCUUUGGUGUAUUUUUUGUGGUUGCCUUUUGCUUUUAUAUUUUUAGAAAUAAAGGAGAAUCCAAGGAACUUGAUGAAUUCUAUGUCGAUCAAGUACCCGGGAUGCCUAUCAGGUUCUCUUACAAAGACUUGAGAGCCAUGACAUGCAAUUUCAACGAUAAGCUCGGGGAAGGAGGAUUUGGAUCAGUAUUUCAAGGGAAAUUAAGCAAUGGCACCAAGAUAGCAGUGAAGCGUCUCAAUGGUUUUGGUCAUGUUAAAAAGUCAUUCUUAGCUGAAGUUGAGACAAUAGGCAGCAUUCACCAUGUUAAUUUGGUAAGGUUAAUUGGAUUUUGUGCUGAAAAAGGACAUCGUCUUCUAGUUUACGAGUAUAUGUCCAAUGGAUCCUUGGAUACAUGGAUUUUCCACAGGCACCAAGACCUCACUCUUGGGUGGCAAUCUAGAAAGAAGAUCAUCAUGGAUAUAGCCAAGGGACUAACCUAUCUCCAUGAGGAAUGCAGGCAGAAAAUACUUCACCUGGAUAUCAAACCCCAAAACAUCCUCUUAGAUGAACACUUCAAUGCGAAAAUUUCUGAUUUCGGAUUGUCAAAACUAAUUGAUAAGGACCAAAGCCAAGUUGAAACAAUAAUGAGGGGAACACCAGGCUAUUUGGCUCCUGAAUGGUUGAACUCAAUUAUCACUGAGAAAGUAGAUGUUUAUAGCUUUGGUGUCGUGGUCAUGGAAAUGUUAUGUGGGCGCAAAAAUUUGGAUAGGUCUCAACCUGAGGAAGAUAUGCAUUUACUAAGUCUAUUUAAGAGGAAAGCAGAAGAGGAACAACUUCUGGAUAUUGUUGAUAAAUACAAUGAUGACAUGCAGAUACAUAGAAAAGAAGUUGUGGAGAUGAUGAGAAUUGCUGUGUGGUGUCUACAAAGUGAUUAUUCAAGGAGGCCUUCCAUGUCAGUGGUGGUUAAGGUCUUGGAGGGUUCCGUAGAAGUUGAAAGCAAUUUGGAUUAUGACUUCACAACUCCUGUGGCACGAAGAGCAAUCAGAGCUGCCGGUAACCAAGAGGAUGCCAUUGGUGCUGUUGCUAGCCCAUUAUUUCCAUCAGUUUUAUCAGGACCAAGAUAAAGCAAGUAGACAUCAACAAACAAAUACAUUUGCUUGUUUAAAGUAUUGAGUAUUUCUUUCUCUCCAUUUUUUUUUUUUUUUUGGUCUAAUAAGUUUUAGGAUUUCAAUUUAGUCUGGAAUUAAGCAUUGAUACAAGGGAAGAAAGCUGUCAAAACAUGUCUGGUACAGUUCCCCGUUCACACCACUCUUAGUUGGAUGUGGUUGAAAUUUGUAAAGACUUAUCUAAGAGUUGUAUUUCUACUUAAUUUUGUGAAAGGCCCUUUAAAAUUCCCUGUUCACACACCCAGGUCCUCUAAGCCCAAAUGUGGUGAACUGUAAUUUAAGAGUUUUAUUUGUGCAAAUCACACCCAUGAUACCAGGAUUAAUGGUGUUUUAGGUAGUGUCUUCUUCCACUGAUAAAAUUUUGACUGUCUCAAUAAUAUUCUUCCUUUUUAUCUUUCUUCAAGUUCUUCCAUCAUCAUUGCCAUAGAACAUACCGAACCACAUGAAUGUA